UCGCUCUCAUUAUCUAUCCUCUUCUGUAUUAUGUCCGUCUCUCUCUCUUUCUUUAAAUCGUUCCAUUUUCUACUCUCUUUCUGACCAUUUUCUUUCUCCCUUUCUUUUUUUGCAUUUGCCUCUUUUCCUCGAAUUUUCUCCUUGUUCGUUCUCAGUCUAUUGUUAUAUAUUUUUUUCUACCUCCAUACUCUUUCUUCUUUUUAUUCAGUCUUUCACUUUCUCUUCUUACCUCACUUCAUUCACUCUGUCUGACUGUCUCUCUCCGAGAGUCACUCAGCCCGCAGUGCUCGUCUCCUUCACCACCACCACCACCACCACCAUCAAUAUCAAUACACACACAUUUGCUAGCUCUCACCACCACCACUACUACUACUACUACUAUUUCAUCGGCAAACACGGCUUCCCAUCGGUACUAGAGUUGUUAUUGUUACUUCCUCGAGAAGCCAGCAUUAACGGCCGAUGCGAUACUACUAUAGAGUCACUUAGUAGUUAACAGAUUUGCUAUUGCACCGGCAUAUCAAGUCGGCUGCAGGAAGGCCCUAACUACACGGAGCUAGCUCCACGCGGCUCUUACAACAAGGAUCAAAGGAGAUUAGUCUGUAUAAUAUAUUAUUAUCGUAGUAAGAAUCGGACAUACUUUGCUGGUUUAGCCUACAUUUUUCAGGUGUGUUGCCUUCUCAGUUCAAAUCAAGCAGGGAUCAACUUUGCUUUUCAUUCUUGUGAAGUCAAUAAAACAAGAACCAGUCAGAGUUGUCUCCCAUGCUGUUCUUGACAAGAAUUAAUCAUUAAGAUACACCGUUUUGCAAUGUUUCUCUGGAACUGUAAUAAUAUAAAUGGAAACCUUAAACUACAAUAAAAACAAAAAGAAAAGAAGAAGAAGUCAUUUGAAAUUGUAAGAAUUUUUUCUCAUGAAAGACAUUUCAAAGUUGCAGAUAUUUAUAUAAUAUAAUUUGGAUCAAAAGAAGAGAAGCAAGUGACAGACGAAGAUGACUACAAAAAUUGAUCACCUCAUAGCACGGCUCGGCGACCCAGGUCGAUUCCAACUGCUGCUUAGCCUGUUUCUAGGGCUCAACAUGUUCCCUAUUUUCUUCAACAACAUUGUGAAUACAUUCUACUUAUUACAGACACCUUACCGGUGCAAGUCGACCAUUGCUGCUGAAAUGGCUAUGACUUAUAACACCAACUACAGCAGUACCAGUAUUAGUGACGAUGGAGGAGGAGGCGAUGGAACUGGGGGAGGAGGAGGAGGAGGAGGCAGUUUAACUCUCAACAGCACUGGCACCAAAUAUAUGAACCUGGUCACUCCCGGUGAACAAUAUGGAGAUGAGUGUUUGCUGAAAGUGAUUAACGAGUCAACAGGAGCCAAUUACAGCACUACUUGUGAUGUUGGGUGGCAGUUUGAACCAGUGGACAAUGAAUGGACAAUAAUAGCAGAGUGGGAUCUAAUAUGUAACCGUUCCUAUAUGAGUUCACUGGUGGUAACCAUUUAUUUUCUUGGAGUCAUGAUUGGUGGUCUCCUUUUUGGUUUCUUGGCUGAUAAAUUUGGUAGAAAGCCUGUGAUGUUAAUUUGCCUUUAUAUUCCCAUUGUUCUUGGAACAAUUGCAGCUCAUGUCCAACACUAUGAAAUCUUUUCAGUUCUACGUUUUUUAACAGGAAUUUGUAUCCAGGGUCUUCAAACAACUACAUUCGUGAUGACAAUGGAACUGUAUCUAACAAAGUACAGAGCUCGAGCUGGUAUCUUUGUUGCAAUUGUGAUUGGAACAGUUGUUAUGGCUUUGGCUGGCCUCGGUUAUCUUCUGAGAAAUUGGCGCCAUCUUCAGAUGGCUAUCAGUUUACCAAGUCUUUUAGCCAUCCCAUAUAUUUUCAUAAUUCCAGAGUCUCUGCGGUGGCUUUUGCUACGAGGACGGUUCCCAGAAGCAGAACUUGUUGCUAAACGAAUGUCUAUAGCAAACAGUUUAGAAUUUCCGAAGGAACUAUUCGAUCGUGUAAAAGAAGAGAUGUCAGCAGAUGAUCCUGCCCAAAUGACACGGCAGUAUGGCUUUACGGACAUCUUCUCCAAGCCAAACAUUAGAAAAAUUAGCAUUAUUAUGUUCCUGCUUUGGUUUACUGCAGCCCUUGGUUACUAUGGUAUUUCACUAAAGAUAUCAAAUUUGGUUGGAAACAAAUACCUCAACUUAUUUGUUGGUGGACUGUUGGAGUUUAUUGUUUACUUGGUUUUGUUUUGCAUGAUUGCGCGGUUACCUCGGAAAUUCAUCGUGACAGGGUGUUUGAUAAUUGGUGGUGCCUGCUGUAUAACUGCACAACUCAUACCAACAAUCCAAAACAUUUUAUCUUCCGUCUUCUUCAUAAUUGGGCGCUGUGCAUAUGCAGGACUAAUGAGUACCCUGUUUGUCUACACCUCAGAGUUAUUCCCCACUGUUGUCAGAAAUAUAGGACUUGGUACAUGCCUAGUGUGGGGACGUAUCGGCGGCAUUUUGUCUCCCCAGAUAACUCUAUUACACAAAUAUGUUCACCCCUUGAUGCCAUUCCUUUGCCUCGGAGCACUCUCCUUCAUCACUGGUGGACUUUCACUGCUGCUACCUGAAACAAAAGACUCAAAAUUUCCCGAUAACAUCGAUGACCUCGACAUGUCGAAGCCAGUUUACAAUAUCCCUGUAAUCAUAGUUGAUGAGCCGCAAGACACCCCCUUCCAGAACAGCACAAUUGUGAAUGGCACCGGCACCACAAAUGGUACAACGACUGCUAUCCUACCGCCAGGUACAAAUUCAAUUGCAUCGAACGCAAAUGGUUCUGCUUUGACAACUACUGAACUUUGAUUGGUUUGCGGCCAUUUCCAUUUUAAUUUCAUUCCAUUAUUCAUAAAUUUCACUGGUGUUGUUGUUAUCGAUGUUGUUGUGAUGAAAAUGAUGAUGAUAAUUAUUAUUGUUAUUUAUUGAAGGUGGCAAAACUGGCAGAAUUUUUAGAGUUGCAGAGUAAAUGCUUUACAGUAUUUAUUUACAAAUCUUUAUGUUCAACUUCAAAUUCCACUGAGGUUAACUUUACCUGUCCUCCUUCUGGGGUUGAUAAAAUAAGUACCAUGCAAAAUACUGAAGUUGUUAUAAUUGACUGUACCCUCCCCAAAAAUGUGUGGCAUUGUGCCUAUUUAAAAAAUAAAAAAAAUUAUUAUUGUUUUUUUGACAUUGGUGGACUGGCAGAAUCAGUGGAGCAACAUAUAAAAUGGUGAACUGGCAAAAUCAGAAGAGUGAUGAACAGAAUACCUUCUGAUGUUUAGUCAUGUCUUGUUAGGUUCUGAGUUCAAAUCAUACCAAGGUUGAUUUUUGCCUUUCAUCUUUCCAGCUGUUGAUAAAAUAAAUGCUUACAUAUGUAAUGGGUUAAAACACACUAUAUCUACUUCUUACAUAUGUAACGAGUUAAUAUGAUGUACCCAAUUCCUAUAAUAUAUAUGGUGGGUUAAUAUCCACCUCAUAUAUAUAUAUAUAUAUAUAUGUUGUAGGUUAAUAAUAUUCUAGACCUACUACCUAUAUAUGUAAAGGGUUAACACUAUAAACCCACCACCCAUUGGAUUAACAAUAUACCCACCAACUACAUAUGUAGUGGAUUAACAAUAUAAUAUACCCACCACUUGCAUAUGUAGAGGUUUGACAUUACAAUAUACCCAUCCUCUGCAUAUGUAGUCGGUUAACAAUAUACCCACUACUUCCAACUGUAGUGGGAUGACAAUGCACUAUGCCUACUCACUACAUAUGCAAUGAGUUAACAACAUACUACUCUUACUACCUACAUAUAUAAUGGAUGGGGUGAACAAAACAAUAUACCCACCUUCGAUAUAUGCACUGUGUCAACAAUAUGAUACACACACUACAUAUAUAUAUUGUGUGCCUACAAUAUAUUAUGCCCUCCACCUAUAUAUAGUGUAUCAAUAACAUUCUAUGCCCCCUAUAUAUGUAAGGGCUUAUAUUGUACUGCUAUAGCCAGUAAGGGUUAUUUGAAAUGUGAAUACUGCUAAUUUGAAAAUAUUAUUAUAAACAAGGCAGUGAGCUGGCAGAAUGGUUAGCAUGCAGGGCAAAAUGCUUAGUGGCAUUUCUUCUGUCUUUGCAUUCUGAGUUCAAAUUCUACCAAGGUCAGCUUUGCCUUUCAUCCUUUUGGGGUCGAUAAAUUAAGUACCAGUGAAACACUGGGGUUGAUGUAAUCGAUCGGUCUCCUUCCCCAAAUUUUCAGGCCUUGUGCCUAUAGUAGAAAAAAUUCUUCUUCUUCUUAUUAUUAUUAUUAUUAUAAUUAUUAUUAUUAUUAUUAUUAUUAUUAUUAUUACUAAGGCAGCAAACUCACAGAAUCAUUAGCACGUUGGAUAAAAUGCUUAGCAGCAUUGCUUCUGACACAUUACAUUCUGAGUUCAAAUACCACCAAGGUCAACUUUUGCCCUCUUGUGGGGUUGAUAAGAUAAGUUCCAAUUGAACAUUGGGGUCAAUGUAAUCAGCUUACUCCCUCCCUCAAAAUUGCUGGCCUUGUACCAAAAUUUGAAACCACUUGGAGGCAGCAUGCUGGCAGAAUUUUUAGCAUGGAAGACAAAAAGUUUAGUAGCAUUUCUUCAGAUUUACCAAUCUAAGUUCGAAUUCUACCAAGGUCGAUUUUACUUUUAUCCUUUUGGGAUUGAUAAAAUAAGUACCAGUCAAGCUGCUCCCACCAAAAUUUCAGGCCUCGUGUCUAUAAUAAAAUGGAUCAUUAUUAUUGUAGAAUCUAUAAAGUGGCACACAAAGUACCUCAUGGUAUUUUGUUAAGCCUUUUUGUAUGUCUGAUUUCAAAUCACACCAAGAUUAAACUUGUUUGUCAUCUUCCCAGGGUCGAUAAAAAUAAAAUACUAAUCAAAUACUGGUGUUGAUCUUAACUAUACUUAACAUAAAUUUGAGGCUUUGUGCUUAUGACAGAAACCAAUAUUAUUUAAUGUCAGAAGGCAGUGAGAUGGUAGAAAUAGUAGCAUGCUGGACAGAAUGCUUAGCGACAUUACUCCUGGUUUAUUUCCUGAGUUCAAAUGCUGCCAAGGUUAACUUUACCUUUCAUCCUUAUGGGAUCAAUAAAAUAAGUUCUAGUCAAUACUGAGGUCAAUGUAAUCGACUUAUACCUCUCCUCUCAAAGUUGCUGGCUUUGUGCCAAAAUUAGAAAGUAUAUUACUUAUUGUCAGGGUGGGAGAUGGUUGAAUUACAGGAUGUUGAAUGGUUGAAUUAUAAGACAGUGGAUGGCAGAAUCAUAGAACAUCGAAUUGGUAGAAUCAUAUGAAGGGGAGUGAUAGAAUUAUUGGUCAAUGCAUCAUAGAACCAUACAGUUGUGGUUGGCAGAAUUGGUAGUGUGACGGACAAAAAAAUACCUUUUGGUAUUUCAUAAUGUCCUUCUGUGUUUUGAGUUGAAAUCCCCCUCAAAGUUCCAAUUUACUUAUUAUUCUUUCAUUGUUGAUAAAAAGUAAAGUUAAUCAAAGCUAAUAUAAUUGAGUAAAACCCUUGAAGGGAGAGCCCCAGCAUAGCUUGAGUCCAAUGACUAAAACCAAUAACAGAAUAUAAUAAAUAGUAUUAUUAUUGUUAAUACAAUAAAUACCACUUAUAUUCUGGGGAUAAGUCAAUCAAAACAUAAUUUAUUCCCUUCACAAACAAGUGGCUAAACUUAAAGUUCAUUAUUGUUAUUACUAGGGGUCAAACAGGCAGUGAGCUGGAAGAAUCAUUAGCAUGUUUAUUUUGACAUUUUGGUUUCCAUAAAAUAAGUACCACUGGAGUCAAUGUAAUUGACUUAACCCCUCUCCUGAAUUUGCUGGCCAUGUGCCAAAAUUUGAAACCAUUAUUAUUAUUAUUAUUAUUAUUAAGACGGUGAGCUGGCAGGAUCAUUAUCAGGCAGGAUGAAAUGCUUAGCAGUAUUUCACCUAUCACUCCUAUCUGAGUUCAAAUUCCGCCGAGGUCAACUUUGCCUUUCAUCCUUUUGAUAAAUUAAGUACCAGUUGAAUGCUGGGGUCAAUGAAAUUGACUCAUCAAUUUAAUUGACCCAAUAUAAUUGACUCCCCCAAAAUGGCUGCUCUUAUGGCAAAAUAUGAAACCAUUAUUAUUAUUAUUAUCAUUAUUAUUAUUAUUAUUAUUAUUAUUAUUAUUAUUAUUGUCAUUAUCAUUAUUAUCAUCAUCAUUAUUAUCAUCAUCAUCAUCAUCAUCAUCAUCAUCAUCAUCAUCAUCAUCAUCAUCAUUAUUAUUAUUAUUAGGGGUCUAAAGGCUUUGAGCAGGCAGACUCAUUAGAGCAUGCCAAACAAAAUGCUUUGCAGCAUUUCUUCUGGCUUUGAAUUCGGAGUUCAAAUUCCACCAAUAUCAUCUUUGCCAUUCAGCCUUUCAUGGUUGAUAAAAUAAGUCCCAGUCAAGUACUUGGAUCAUUGCAAUCAACUAGCCCCACCACCUCCCACCAAAUUUUUAGGCCAUGGACCUAUAAUAGAAAGGAUUAUUAGAAGUCCAUAAAGUGAACAGCUCUCAAGUUCUGCGGAAAGGAGGGGGGGGUCUUUUUUUUAUUGAAUUAAUUACACUUCCCCUCCACAAAAUAUGUGAUCUUCUGCUUGUUACAGAUCAUUAUUUCUUAGUAUUUAUUUGCAGCCGAUUCAUUACAUUCUGAACUCAAAUCCCUCUCUUAGCCUCUUCUACCACUACUAUUGUGGCUUCUGCACACAAGAACUGCUUGGCUUUCAUGCCACAUACACUUUGUCAUUUCUCCUCCUCUCAUUACUCCCAUCCCACUUAAUCUGCACUAAUCAUUAUACCAAGUCCUUCCUCCUCCAGAAUGUCAGUUUGUUGGAAUAUGUCCUUCUGUAUGUCUUUCCAGCAACUUUCAUCUCAUACCUUUUUAAGAACAAUAUUAGCCACAGAGACCUCACCACUCUCAGAGGACUGAAAAGGCUAAGGGAACAUUCUCUAGAUCAUCUUUUCAAAGUCAGUAAAAUAAAAGUACCAGUUAAAUAUUUGGGAUCAGUUGAAUUUGCUUUACACUUCUUCAAAAUGCAUGAUUUUUGUGGCCAGUGUUAGAAAUCAAUUAUUAUUAGUAGUAUUAUUAUUCAUCCAUCUUUAUGUUCUGAGUUCAAAUUCCACCAAGGUCGACUUUGCCUUUCAUCCUUUUGAUGUCAAUAAAUUAAGUACCAGUGAAACACUGGGGUCAAUGUAAUCGACUUAACCCCUCCCCAAAAAUUUCAGGCCCUUAUGCCUUUAGUAGAAAGGAUUAUUAUUAUUAUCAUUAUUAUUGUUAUUAUUAUUAUUAUUAUUAUUAUUAUUAUUAUUAUUAUUAUUAUUAUUAUUAUUACUAUUAUUGAACUGGCAGAAUUGUUAGCAUGCUGGGCAAAAUGCUUAGAAGCAUUUCAUGUGUCUUUACAUUCUGAGUUCAGAUUCUGCUUAGUCUUACACCCUUUCAGGGUUGAUAAAGUAAGUACCAGUUGAACACUGGGGUUGAUAUAAUCAACUCAUCCCCUCCCCCAAAAUGGCUGCCCUUGUAACAAAAUUUGAAACCAUUAUUAUUACUUUUAUUA